AUGUACCCGGGUAUGCCGGGAAUGCAACCCCCACCUCCUGGAUAUCCAUCUGGCCCUAGAAAGCCUUUUGAUGCGGUCCCGAAUCGUCCGCCAUUCCAGCAACAACCUGGCGUUCCGGCUACACUUUCACAUAUGCCCAUGAACGCGCCACAGUUCAUGUCUGGUGUCCCCGCACCCGGUGCUCCCCGUCCUCCACAGCCCUCGGAUCAGAUCACACCUGAGGUUGCUGCCGCUGCGGUCGCGACUAUGGGUCCCAGCGGUCUUUUAGGUGCCCAGGGUGAACAGGAGAAGAUCGCUCUCAUAAUGCAAGUUCUUCAACUUUCCGACGAGAGCAUUGCACAGUUGCCUGAAGAUCAACGGCGGAGCAUCUUGAUUCUCAAAGAACAGGUCCGGAAAACGAGUGCUGGUUAA